AAUAUGGAUGUCUCAGAAAGCCCUUCCUCUCAUCACGUGCAUCAGAUCAGGUCUCUCUGUUGAGCCUUCCAAUGGCCCCUUGCGUUUCUUCUUUGUAGCACUUAACCACUCAAGUAAUGGCUGUUAGUGUCCAUCUUUCCCCAAACUCGAACCUUUCUGGGGACAGUAACCACAUCCACCUUGUUCACGGCUGAAUUCUCAGCACCGCCAUUCAACAGAUGCUGCAGCUGCCCUCCUUCGAUAAUUCAUUGCACACCAGCAGCCCCAUCUAAGGAGGCUGUGCAUUUGGGGGGCUGCUCUGCUCUUCACUCCCCGCAACAUCCUGUCCCCAACACUCCAAAGGGAGCUGACAUCACAGAAGGGACAUCAGGGCUCAUUACAGUGCUGCCAGCCUGCAGGCCAGACUCGAGUGUGGACCAAAAAGGGGUCCCAUGGCAUGUCACCUCCAAAGGAGAACCGGUGCUAACCCCCUAACUGGGCAGGUCAGGGUGGGGAGUCACCCCCAGGCCUGUAGCUUCUUUAGUGAGAGGCGUAUCUCUGCCUUAAGCAGCCCUGUCCAUUGUGUCUGGGCAUCUAGGUAACACACCUCUGACUCAAGUGGGACCGCCCUCAAGAGAGCACGUGAUCUUGUUAACUCGCCUGUCAUCCACCCCUACCUUGCUUCCACCUCCAUGGCAUCAUCCUUAGCCCCCUCCUAAUUCCAAAUGCAGAGAAGAAACUGCAAAACCGUCACUCUCCAUUUAGCUUGCUCCCCAGAAACUGUCCUCAGUUUGGCUCAAACUCUUACAUAAAUGUUCUAUAGGUUUGGACGUUUAUGUGGACACUUCCCUCCCAAAUACCCAUCCACCCGUCCACCCGUGCACGUAUUCAGCAUUUAGUGUAGUGCACCUCAGGGGCCAGGUACAGGAUGGUGAUAAAACAAGCAGCCAUGGUCCCUGCUCUCCUAGAGCUUCUACUCUCAUGGCAGAAGCAGAAGACCCACAAGAAAAACAAUUCCUGGUAGCUGUGUGCGCUCUCGGAAUGAAAUGGCAAUGUACGCAUGAGCAGAGGGGGCAGUCAUCUGAUUGUGGGUAGUUGGUGACUCGAGCCAGUCCUGAAUGCUAGAAAGAAGAGGUCGGGCGGUGCUGGAAGAGGGAUCAGCAGGAACAAAGGUUGUGAGGUGGGAGCCAAGGUCGGUGCUGUGGGGAGAGCUUGAGGAGAUUAGGCCCCAGGUGGGGAGGGUGGGCCCUGGAAAGGAGUCUGGUCUGCAGUCUAAGAGCCAAAGAAAGACACUUGUUGAUUUUGAGCAAGUUGGAAUAUUGUGGUCUGAUUUAAGUCUUUUAAAAUGUGCUUGGUUUCAGACUACAUCCUAAGUCCUUACGCUUCUGCCAGUUUUGCAGAUGGGGAAGGGUCCAACCUGAUGCCACCUAACUGACCGGGAGAGUUGGGGUUAGGAGCCCCGAUCGCUGGAUUAUUUCCCUGACCGAGUCAUCCUUUGGGUUCCUCUCUCUUCCCCACACACUUCACAUCCAAUUCAGCAGCGAGAACUGCAAGCAAGCCCUCCUUCCCAAGUACCCCGUGGAUUUAAUCGUCGCCACUUCCACUGCCACCGGAACACUACCUUCGCUUCUCCCCUGGCCUCCUGCAGCAGCCUCCUAACGGCUCUGACACCUUCUGCCCUCCUGUAUAUCCAGCAGCCACGAGCCAGUUUUUCUUUAAAACGUCAGAUCAUGUCACUCCUCUUCUUAAAACCCUCCCAUCAGAUGCAAAAACCCGGGUCUCAUCUACAGUUCACCUAUUUUCCGUCAGUUGCUGACAACUGGAUUCCCGAGAAGGUGACUGAAAAAUGAACAGUUGAUGUGUCAGUUGGGUGUUUGAGGACGAGCCGUCUACAAUCAGGCUGGCUGGCUCCUCUGGCUGAUGGCAUGUUGAGGUUCAAGGGUCAGUGGCAGCGAGGGCAUCCGAUCCAGAGGGAGCCAGUCUAGAGGCCAGGCCACCAACACCAUGGGCCAGUGUGUCACCAAGUGCAAGAAUCCUUCAUCAACCCUGGGCAGCAAGAAUGGAGAACGUGACCCCAGCAGCAAGUCACACAGGCGAGCUGCAGGCCACCGUGAGGAACAACCGCCAGCCUGUGGCAAGCCAGGUGGGGACAUUCUCGUCAAUGGGACCAAAAAGGCAGAGGCCACUGCCGAUGCCUGCCAGCUGCCGAUGUCCUCAGGCGACGCCGGGCGGGAGCCCAAGUCCAGCGCCGAGGAGGCUUCCUUGCAGAGACUGGAGGCGCUUUUCCGGCGCUACAAGGACGAGCGGGAAGAUGCAAUUUUGGAGGAAGGCAUGGAACGCUUUUGCAACGACCUGUGUGUCGACCCCACGGAGUUUCGAGUGCUGCUCUUGGCUUGGAAGUUUCAGGCUGCUACCAUGUGCAAGUUCACCAGGAAGGAGUUUUUUGAUGGCUGCAAAGCAAUAAGCGCAGACAGCAUCGACGGGAUCUGUGCGCGGUUUCCGAGCCUCUUAACGGAAGCCAGACAAGAGGACAAAUUCAAGGAUCUCUACCGGUUUACAUUUCAGGUCGGCCUGGACUCUGAGGAGGGGCAGCGGUCGCUGCACCGGGAAAUAGCCAUCGCCCUGUGGAAACUAGUCUUCACCCAGAACAGCCCGCCUGUGUUGGACCAGUGGCUAAACUUCCUGACAGAGAACCCCUCGGGGGUCAAGGGCAUCUCCCGGGACACUUGGAACAUGUUUCUCAACUUCACUCAGGUAAUCGGCCCCGACCUCAGCAACUACAGUGAAGACGAGGCCUGGCCGAGUCUCUUCGACACCUUUGUGGAGUGGGAGAUGGAGCGGAGGAAAAGGGAGGGGCGUGGGAGGCGCGCGCUCAGCUCAGGGCCCGAGGGCUUGUGUCCCGAGGAGCAGACCUAGCGCCGGGUCCCAGGACCCGCGGCCAGGACCCACCCGCCUGUCGCCACCGAAGGAAUGGACCUGUCUGGAAAUUACUGAAGAUCCGGAUAUUUUCUACUUUACACCUUUCUCUGCCUUGUAUCCGAAAGGGCUCUAAAAUGCUGUAUCAUGUUUUAGGCACUUUCUUCACUUUUUGGUUAUUUUGAUUAUUUCUUUUUUUGAGGGGGGGGAGGGUUCUCCCAAAAUAUUUGAACCUGGCUACAUGUUGUGCAUCUUUUUUAUUUUUAUUUUUUUUGAAGCCUUCAGAUAGAAUAAGCCUGCCUUUUCUUGCACAAAUUAGAUUUUUUUUGUGUGGGGGAGGGCAUAGACCAGGGAGAGGGCAUGGGACGUUAGGCCGAAUUAACCUACGAGAGGAUCCAGUGCCAGAUCUCAGCUUUGCAUAUUGUUUUUCAGGGCAGGUCUGUACUGUGUGUAGUGCUGUUUACAUGGUUGAAUUUAGGUUGUGAUAAUUAUUUUUGAAGAUUUACACAGCGUUGACUAGCAGUGUUAACUGUUAACCACAUCACAUUAAUUCCCAGACGACUUGAAGCUCUUGGAGAGCCGAGGCCAGCCAAGAGUGGCGGUGGUCUGGCGACAGCCCCCUUUGAAGCUAAUUUCUCCGAAACCUUUCCUUGUUUUCCUCACUCACCUUUUGUUCGUUCCUUCUUUGACCCAUUGCAUUUCGUAUCGAGUUGAUCCGUCAGCGUGCUGCACCCUGCACAGUUUUAGAACCUUGUGCUAACAACCACUUCAACACCCCAACACAGAGAGAGCAGUGCUACCUCAGUUUUGCUGGAAGAAGUAGACUUUGAUAGUUUUCUUUCCUUGAUGAAUUUUCUGUAUUUUCAUGUUGUAAAUGGAAAUACGUUGAUUUUUUUUUUCUUUUCUUUUUUAUUUUCAUUUGCCUCGGAGCCAAAGUUUCUGUUCCUGGUGGUCGGAAAACGGUGCCUGCCGGCCAGCUGACUUGAAGGAAAACUGUGGAAUGGAGCUCUGCUUGAAUUUUUUUCCUUUUAAAAAAAAAAAAUUUUUUUUUUGAGUGUCAUCAGCUUACUUGUCUGGCAAGUGCAGAAGCCUGGGGCUGGCCUGAACUCUGCCAAACAAAAUAUAGAAGUGUAUUUAAUAGUUAGAUGUGUCCCCUUUCCUUCGUGCUGCACCCAUGUUGUCACUGCACCCCUGGGAGUUAUUUAUUAUCUCGUCGUUCGUGUCAGGCUCAUCUGGGGUAAUGUGAUAACUGUUUAGGUUUACAUGACCCUCUUCUCCUUCCCCUUCCCCCAAAUAUGUAUAUAUACAUAUAUAAGAUAUGUAUAUAUUUUACCUAUAUAAAAUAUAUAUAUAUACACAUAUAUGUAUCUAUAUUCCUUUGUUUCUUUGCCUGCUAAAACUGGCCAUAAAGAAGGGAGCUGCCUUCAAUAUAUAUAAAGUAUAAGAACAGUGCCAGGGAACGUCCUAAAGGAAGCUUUUGAAUCUGAAUUUGGGCCGUUUUCACUAAAGAGAAGAUGAAUUUUCUCGGUCUUUUCCUCACAAGAGGGAGGCCCCGUUCCCAGACUCCUCUGCGUGCUCGCCCCGUAAGCCCAGCUUCGGCCAAACUGCCACACGGGAGCCGACUCAGGUCCGACCUGGUCUCAGCAGAGGGUCCUUGCUUUUCCUUUGAAAAAAAAAAUACGUCCUCAGAAACCGUGCUGGAGGUGCAGGGAGGGCGAGCAGGGACUUGGACAGUUCGGCUUCCAACGUUUUGGAGCAGAUCGAAAAGGGAAUCUUUUAAAUAAAACCUUAUAAAAUAUUUAUACUUUGGAGGCAAUGAGAGUUUGUCUAUUAAACAUAGGGAAUUUCUGCCCACUAACCACCCUUGCCUCCCUCCCAGAUACGUUUCUUAGCCUGGGCAGGAAUCGCUUAUUUUGAGUUUCUUUCUUAGCAGCCUUCUAGAUUCGGGCUCCCCUCUUUACAAAGGUGGUUAUCUAAGGAGUUGCUGCAGUCAGUGUUUUUCCAAAAUGGACAUCGACGUAGAGAAUGUGAUUGGAGUUUGAUUUUUGUAAUCCUAAAACCUGUUAGUUGCCCCUUCUAGGGGACAGACGGGGGGCUUUUAAAUCCACCACGGUAGGUUAGCACUCCUUCUGGAAAGCUGAAGAGAGUCUCCGGCCAGAUGUCUGUCUCUGCUCUGGCCUAAGACACGAGAUCCUUGUCUAAAGAGAGUUUCUAGUGAUCCCAGCUGGUUCUGGGGGCUCAGGUAUAGUCGGGGUACCCAAACUGAGUUCUUAAAUUGACCACCUUUUCAUGCAGCCGGUCUGCAGCCCCCCCACCCUGCACCCCCCGUUUUUCCCGUUUCUGAGUUGGGUAGAGGUUGAGUGAGGGAGAAUGGCUGGCUGCUCCUAGCCGGGCGAGGCUCUUUCUGUCCCACGUCACUGGACACUGGAGGACUCUGAGGACGGCAGGACCCGGAUGCCACCCCCAGCCGACAAGGAGGCAUCCAUCCGUGUAUGAGGCAUAUCAUAAUGGGUGGAUUUUGAUACUACCAGCUCCCCAGUCCCCACAGAAGAGCCAUUUCAAAAAUUCGUUUGGGUUCUAUUCUUAAAGAUCUAGUUGUUACAGGUGCGAUUGAGAAGCCAGAAGAGGGAGCAGUUGGGGAGGGACUUACUAGCUCCUUCCAGGUUUGAGUCCCUGACGCUAGGACUUUGCGCUACAGCUCCAGGGCCUCCUCACCGUCUGGCAAAGCAGUUUUCUGCAGAGGGACCCAGGGUGCAGUUACCCUUCUGGGAAAUAAGGUCACUGUUCUCUUACCCUUGGUGAGUGAGCAGGAAUUGUGGGGAAGGGGCCAAAUGCAGGCCCCUCGACUCAGCCAGGGCCCCCUUCACGCCAGCAGAGGUGGUGUGCCAAGGGGCCGAGUGUGGGCGCCGUUUUGAAAACAGGCAAAUGUCUGCAGGGGAAACUACAACAAACUUAAUUAAUCUGUGCUGGGAAAUGGCUUGGUUUUGGCAAAUGGCUUUGUGAGCUUCUAGGGGGUUUCUUUAGCAACUCAGUGGAAAGCUGUAUGAGAUGAAGGCUUGCUUCAUUGAACGGCUCUCCCCGCAUCCCUGCCAGAUUUUCAAAUCUGAGUGCGUUAUUCUUACCCCCACCUCCUGUGAUGGCACUUCGCUUCCACUGGUCGCCCCAGCAGCUCUCUCUCAUCCCUGCCAGAUGUGCCCACAUCCAAUUGCUGGGAAAAAUCCAGAGCUAGGUGAAGAUCCAAAUUUCAACCAAGCCCCCAGGCCCAAGGAAACCCUGUUGAAAACGUACAAGGCUGUGUGUUUAGUAUUAAAAGGCUUCGGCCACACAGUAUUGGUCGGUCUUUGCAAAGGCACAAAUUUCUCGGGGGCUGGUGCCAAAAUUCAGUCCUCAGUGCUGCGGCCCGCAGGGCGUGGGACCCUGUUCAUGGAUGGCCUCCCAUACGAUGCCAUGCCAAAUUGUCUUAAACAGUGGUGGGAAGUUACCGGGAUAAGGACUCGAGUUGAGAAGUUUAAAAAGCAAAACAGAUGUGUACUUAGGACUUAGGACUGUGUUUGGUUGGCCACAUUUAAAGUGAAGCCUUGGGUGGCAUGAAGCCCAAAAGACCCAUUUAUCCAGUUACAAGGCAAGGCCGGAAAGAGGCAGCUGCUGGGGUAGUGUUGUUUUGCCUGCAUUUCCAUCUUUCUCGCGUCUCUCAUGUUGGGUUAGCGAGGACUUGAACAUUUUGCGAAUGGACGAAGGACUUCCUUGGGGGACUCCAGCAAUAUGUUGUUUAAACAGCGGAAAGGACUCUUAAAAGUCAUGACAGUGUGUUCAUUGGGACUCAUUUGAGGACAUGUGACGUUGGCCCCUCUCUCAUCCAGUGUGUUUUCUGAAUCACAUGGAGGGGUUUCCCAAUCGCCUCCCUGCGGAAUUGACACCUGCGGGAAGCAGGAAUGGCGGCAUGUGUUCAGUGUAACCCGGGCUGGGACCGCAUUAUCAUGAGGACCUGCAGGCGUCCCCUCACUGAAAGACAAAAGUGAUGCUUGAGCUGUGGUUCAGAAACCCAGAUGGUUCAGGUAGCUUCUGACCUGGCGCUGGGCCGUCACAUCCCCUCUGUUCCUCCUAGAAGUUCAGCCUGCCGCAGUUACCUACGUCCACGGCCCACUCCCCUCCCCACUUUCAGCACAGAUCUGGUAACUUGCCAAAGGAAUCCAUUCAGCAGCUGCUGGGGGUUUCCCCCCCCAACACACAGUUAUUCUGGGAGAACUGUCUUCCCCCAACCCUGGUCCCAGCCCCGAGUCUGGGAUGAAUUGCUCUGACCUGUUGCACUAAUGAGUAUGAUUCUUGGUUUCAAAGGGGGGAGGGGGGAAGAGUGUUGAAGUAGGCAAACGGGGCUUGGAUGAGUCCGUCCCACAGACACCCUGCCUUAACCCGCUGAGGUGACGAGUCUCCACCCACGUGACCCUCCACCUUUGUGGCUUCUUCUUGGUUUGUGACCAGUGGUUUCUUGAGGUUGUACAGACCUGUUGACAAAAGUCAACACUGGUGUUUGUAUUCUCUGCACUGUUGCACUCUCCAAAUGGCUCCUUGAAUAUUUUUAUUAACUUGUUACACACAUUUUUGUCUUUGUCUACAUUAUUUCUUUUCAUGUUUUUUUUUAUUUGAAAGGUUACCUGCUGUUGGAUUUAAUAAAUUUGUUUACUUGACAAUUGA